CUUACCCCGGUAAAAUCCACUGACACGGAGUGGGACAUCUGACCGAACUCGACGUUAUGGCUUUUGCAUUUUAAUAUAACACCGUUAUGUAGACAAAUAGGUUUAUUAUUUGUUUACUUGUCGGCUAAAUGAUUCGAUUUGCGAUAAUCGUGUUUGUGCUGUUAACCGAUGUUCCGUUUUCACUACAAGAGGAAGAUAAUGUAUUACACAUCGGCGGUAUAUUCCCGAUCGGCGGCAAAGGCGGAUGGCAAGGAGGUCAAGCUUGUGAGCCUGCGGUUAGGCUAGCUUUGGAAGAUGUGAACAAGAAUAGUAUUCUAUCCGGAUAUCAAUUGAAAUUGCAUUGGAAUGAUAGCGAGUGUGAUCCAGGACUUGGUGCAUCGGUCAUGUAUGAUCUCCUCUAUAACAAACCUCAAAAACUAAUGUUAUUAGCAGGAUGUAGUACUGUAUGCACAACUGUUGCUGAAGCCGCAAAAAUGUGGAAUUUAGUUGUAUUAUGUUAUGGUGCCAGUUCGCCAGCAUUGUCAGAUCGAAAUCGUUUCCCCACACUGUUUAGAACGCAUCCUUCAGCUACUGUUCAUAGUCCAACUAGAAUCACGUUAAUGAAAAAGUUCGAAUGGUAUAGAAUAGCUAUUCUUCAGCAAACCGAAGAAGUGUUUAUUUCUACAGUGGAGGAUAUUGAGACUCGAUGCAAACAAAAUGGCAUUGAAAUAAUUACUAGGCAAAGUUUUGUUAGUGAUCCAGCUGAUGCUGUUAAAAACUUGCGCAGACAAGACGCCAGGAUCAUUGUUGGCUUAUUUUACGUCGUUGCUGCUAGAAAAGUAUUAUGUGAGAUGUAUAAACAGCAGUUAUACGGAAAAGCUUAUGUGUGGUUUUUUAUUGGUUGGUAUAAAGACAACUGGUUUGAAGUAAAUUUGGAAGAAGAAGGAAUCCAAUGUACAAAACAAGAAAUGAGAAUUGCAGCUGAAGGUCAUAUUACCACCGAAGCUCUUAUGUGGAAUCAAAAUAUUAACCAAAAGACUAUUUCCGGAAUGACUUCUGAAGACUUUCGUAAGAGGCUAGAAAAUGUUUUAAGAUCAGGCGGUUAUGCAAUUGAUCGGCAUCGUUAUCCUGAAGGUUAUCAAGAAGCGCCGUUAGCAUACGAUGCUGUCUGGGCUGUAGCAUUGGCUUUUAAUAAAACAAUGAGUAUCCUGGAAAAACAAGGAAAAUCAAUUACCAGUUUUAAUUACAACAAUAAAGAAAUUGCUGAUCAUAUAUAUUCAGCUAUAAAUUCAACUCAGUUUCUUGGGAUAUCAGGCUGGGUAGCUUUUAGUUCACAAGGUGACCGUAUAGCAUUAACGCAGAUUGAACAAGUUAUUGAAGGAAAAUACGUUAAGCUUGGUUACUAUGACACACAGGCUGAUAAUUUAACAUGGUUCGAUAAAGAGAAAUGGAUAGGUGGAAAAGUUCCGCAAGACAGAACUGUGAUUCGCCGUGUAUUGCGCACGUUAUCGAUCCCAUUAUUGAUAUGCAUGUGGGUAAUCACAACUAUUGGGAUACUUGGUGCAGUUAGUCUUAUUAUAUUUAAUGUUCUAAAUCAUCAUAGAAGGGUUAUCGCUCAAUCAUAUCCAGCUUGCAAUACAAUUAUGUUGUCCGGUUGCGUAUUGAGCUUGAGCAGUAUUUAUUUAUUUGGCUUGGACGGUCAGAUUAUAUCACCAGCGGUUUUUCCAAACAUAUGCCAAAUAAAAACCUGGGUGUUGUCAAUUGGAUUUACUUUGGGUUACGGAGCUAUGUAUAGUAAGGUGUGGAGAGUGCACAGACUGCACACGAGUCAAAAGAAAAAUGCAAUUAGGAAAGCUUUGCAGCCGUGGAAAAUGUAUUCGAUUGUAAUAUUUUUACUGGCUGUCGAUGUUGCAAUUCUAUUCAUAUGGCAGUGUAUGGAUCCAUUGAAGCGCGAUAUACAAGUAUUUCCUAUGGAAAAUCCUUUAAAUAGCAACGAUGACGUAAAAAUAAGACCAGAACUAGAGCACUGUAAGAGUGAAAAUCACAAUUUUUGGCUAAGUCUAACAUUAAGCUACAAAGGAUUGCUUUUACUCUUCGGACUUUUUGUCUCGUAUGAAACCAGAAGUGUCAAAUUGAGACAAAUAAAUGAUUCGCGGUACGUCGGAAUGUCAAUUUACAAUGUGGUUGUUACGUGCUUGAUAACUACACCCGUGAUUAUGGUGACGGCAUCACAGCAAGAUGCUAGUUUCGCUUUUGUAGCGUUAUCUGUUAUUUUCUGCUGCUUCCUUUCAAUGGCCCUAAUAUUCGUACCAAAAGUUAUCGAAGUUAUUCGGGAUCCUCAUGAUAAACCGGAAUCUAAAUAUAACCCUGAUGCUGGAAUGUCAAAAGAAGACGAAGAUAAGUAUAAGAGACUUAUUGAAGAAAAUAAACAACUUGCAGCUAAAAUAAAAGAGAAAGAAGAGCGAUUAAAACAACUUAAGUCUGACCUAUUCAGUUUAAGGGGCGAUACUGAUAAGACUGAGCUAAAAUGGAACGAUGAGUCGCAGUUAACCGAACACUCGUUCUUAUCGCAGUCGGUAAAUAAAGAUACUUUAAUUGUAGCUGAUUUCAUAACUGGCGAAGGUACAUCGGACUCAGCGUUCAUUGCUGGUACGGCCACUUCUUAUUCUAGAGCUAGUGCUUCAGAUAUGGAAUUCUCUGAGUCUUACUUGUGAAUUCUUAGAUGAUAUAUUUACAAUAAUAUGCUUGAAAACAAUCGACCAACAAACAAUUUAAUCAUUUUACUUCAUACAGGGUGACUAAAAAAGCUGUUUCUUCAAAAAAUAAUUUUAAAAAUCUUUAAAUAAAAGAUAUAAUAACGAUACAAUCAUCAUAAUUAACAAAAUGGUACUUAAUAAUAUACUAUAUAAUAAUAUAUAAAUAUUAUAGCAGUAUGUAUGAGGAAAACGAUUUUCAAUUAUUUAUAAAUAUUACUUGAACGUUUUAAACAGUGAAUAUUCAAAUACAUAUAAAUACAUUUAAUUAACACAAUACUUGUAUUAGCUUAUUAGCUUAUUUUAAUUCCAGUACACUAAGGUCAGUGAAAUUCA